AAUGGUCUCUGCUUGCACGAACGAAAAUUCUCUGUAAUUAAUUUCUUUUAAUAAGUCAAGGUUCGAUUGACUUUCGAGGCAAAACUUUGGUAAAAACACCUGAAGAUCUUGACUUGAGCACCCCCAAAAUGCAGCUUUGUGUAUUUAGGUGGAGGUGUAGGUUUUUGUUUUCUUGACAUGGAAGGGUUCAGUGUCUUCGAUCAUCCUGACCGGAUUUGAUCUUACGUAUCGUUGUACUGGCAAGGAAAUGUCAUACCAGCACACUCAUUGGAGAGAUGUAGAGGCAUGGAGGAAAGAAGGUCUUCCAUUGUCGACAACAAGCAAUGAAGCUGCCAAAAUGUUUGAUGCUUCCCUCACUCAGGUUGUUGCUCACCUUGAAGAUGACAGUGUUGGUGGUUUGCAGAAUUCAAUAACCAGGAUGUUGCAAGCAGAUCCUGAUUUUGUUAUGGGUCAUGUCUUGGCGUCCACUUGUCUGUUUGAUAUAAAGCAUUCUGAUGCUGCUCCAUUACGAGCUCCAAAAACUGACCUUACCCACAGAGAAUUACUUCAUCUCAGCGCUGCAAAGGAGCUGGAAGCUGGAAAUGUACCUAAAGCACAAGACAUUUGGGAUGACAUAGUGAUGGCGUACCCUACUGACAUAUUAGCAUUGAAGAUGCUCUCUGACUACAGUACGUUUUAUGGUCCUAAGGAGAGGGUCAGGGACAGUGUGGCAAGGGUUUUUCCACAUUGGAAGCAAGACGCACCGUUAUAUGGGUAUCUUUUUGGCUUGUACGCCUUUGGUUUAGAAGAAACAAACUUCUACAGAGAAGCAGAGAAACAAGCUCGUAAGGGAUUGGAACUAGUUCCAAAAGAUACAGGAGCAACACACGCCUUGGCUCAUGUUAUGGAGAUGGAAGGCCGUCAGGAUGAAGGGAUUAAAUUUAUGAGUGAAACCAUAGAGAACUGGAAGCCAUGUGAAUCAUUAACUUGCCACAAUUUCUGGCACUGGGCUUUGUAUCAUAUUGAAAAGGGAGAGUACGAAGCAGCCCUGGAUAUCUACGACUCUGAGAUGUUACCAAGAUUUAAGGCUAGCAACGUUUUCCCAUUGACGGAUGGAUCAUCUUUGUUGUAUAGAGUGCAACUCGAAGGAGUCGAUGUUGGUGACAGAUGGCAACAGCUUUGUCAGUUUUGGGAGAGCCACGCAGAUGAGCAUUUUCUGGCAUUUAAUGACAGCCACAUGCUUAUGACCACGCUGGGUGCAAAGAAUGAGGCUUUGACGAUGAAACUGUUGGAUUCCUUGAGAAAAUAUGUAAGAUGCCUAAUCGCUGAAAGGAAAGCAAAAAAGAACAAAGCUCCGUUGACGGACAGACUCAUGGCACAAGCUCUUGCUCUUCAAAUGGAAUAGAAUGCAAAAUGGUUGUGUAUGAAAAUAUGAAUUUUAAGCUCACCUCGCCAAUACUUCUGUUAGCCAGAACACAACAGAAAGAAACUCUUAAUGAAUUAAUUUUUGACGCCAACACCUGGCAGCUUCUUGCAGCCGGGCUAUUCUAUUUGGUUUUCUCGGCAAGCUAUGACCUACACGCUUUUCCUUCACGAAGAGUUUACUGAAAAGGAGAACCGAUUUUCCUAUGGAUAUAUUGGCUUGGGAUCAGGUCGUGAAUAAAAACUUGAGAGUACCUCAAGGUGUUUUACCGCAUCCUCGUUCAACAGUGCCAAGACUAAACGUAUUCUGUAAAUGUUUGCUCGAAAAAGUUAGCUCGAAUAAUUAGUGUAGGUAAUUGCAUGGGGCAGAAUAAAAUUAAAGAUUGAUAUCAA